AUGACUAUGUGCCCUAUAUAUUAUUCGUCUGGACAUCAUGUCCAACGAUACGCACUCUUACCUGUAGCAGCUGCGGUUACAAAAUCCGAAAUCACAGCCAAAAAGCUCAUUGAGACAGUUGUCGACUACACAGUUGACAGCAAUGUAGCUUCUCCUCGUGCAAUCCUCGGGGGUUUCUGGCGGCUCGUCUUGAAAGGACCUGGUUACUAG